CAAUUGCAUAUAAUAAUACUACCUACCAUAUAUGUCUUCUUCAAAAUGAACAACCCAAAUUACUCCCCUAUGCUUUUCACCAACAAUGAGAGAUUUAGCAAAGCCCCAUUGCUUUUCCACCGUUAUUCUUCUCCUCACUUUACUCUCUUUCUUCUCCGUUGCCAAAUCCAAAGACACCUUGUCUGCAACUGAAUCUCUCGGACCAAACCAGACCCUCGUCUCCGCCGGUGAGGUUUUCGAAUUGGGUUUCUUCGAGCUAGGCACAGACUCAAGAUGGUACCUGGGCAUAUGGUACAAGAAAAUCGAACAAAGAACUGUUGUUUGGGAAGCCAACAGAAACAACCCGCUCCCAAACAACUCAUCCAGUCUCAAAAUUGGUUACGAUGGAAAACUUUCUCUUGUGGAUGAAUCCGGAAACGUUUCUUGGUCCAGCAAUCAAUCACAAUUUGUUGGCGUCUCUAAAAAUCCAAUCCUGCAGCUUUUGGACUCCGGCAAUUUGGUCCUCAAAGAAGCAAAUGAUAUCAGCCCUAACAAGUUUCUCUGGCAGAGCUUCGACUAUCCCACAGACACUUUGUUGCCGGAGAUGAAGCUUGGAUGGAACUUGAAUACUAGUUUGGACAGAUACAUAUCGUCAUGGAAAACUCCAGAAGACCCUUCUACAGGUGAUUACUCCUUCAAGAUCGACUACCACGGUUUCCCGGAGGUUUUCCUCCGGCAGAAACAGUCCAUAAUAUACCGGAGCGGGCCCUGGAAUGGACUGAGAUUUAGCGGCGUUCCAGAGAUGAACGCCGGUAAUGGUAUUGGUUUCAACUUCGUUGUAAAUGAUGAGGAAGUGUACUACUCGUUUUCGGAACAAGGCAAUGAAACUAAUCCAGCUCUGAAUUCAAGGCUGAUCGUAGCUCCCUCCGGCAACAUCCAACGGCUGACGUGGAUCGAGAGCAGCAAGGUCUGGAAUAAGUACUGGUUCGCUCCCAAGGACCAAUGCGACAGUUACAGAGAGUGCGGGCCCUACGGUGUCUGCGACGCCAACGCUUCGCCAGUGUGUAAGUGCAUGAAGGGGUUCCAACCUAAGAACCCUUCGGCAUGGAGCUUGAGAGAUGGCUCCGACGGGUGUGAGCGAGAGACGGAGCUGGAGUGUGGGAAUAAGGACAAGUUUAUGAAGGUGGAGAAUGUGAAGCUGCCGGAGAGCGGCGGAGCGGUGGUGGACAUGGGGAUGAGUUUGGAGGAGUGUAAGGUGAAGUGUUUGGGGAACUGCUCGUGUAGUGGUUAUUCAAGGGCGAGGAUUCAGAAUGGAGGAAGUGGAUGUGUGAUGUGGUUUGGGGAGUUGAUGGAUAUGAGGAGUUAUGCCGACGGCGGGCAAGAGUUCUAUCUCCGGUUAGCAGCUUCUGAACUAGAUGGUGAUGGGAAAACAAAAAUAAUUAUGAUCGUCGGCAUUGUAGUUGGUAUUGCCGUUCUGCUAUCAGCUGGUCUUAUUAUCUGUUUUGUGCGGAGGAGGAGGAAUUCGGGUAGCACUUUAAAUAGGAGGGAAUCAAAAGGUCCGCUUGAAAGAAGCCAGGAUUUUCUGCUAAACAGUGUGGUAGUCUCAAGUAAGAAGGAUCACUACUCUGGUGACAGGAGCAAUGAUGACCUAGAGUUGCCUUUGUUUGAUUUCAGCUCUGUAGUAGCGGCUACGGACAACUUUUCUGAUGAAAAUAAACUGGGACAAGGAGGUUUCGGUUGUGUUUACAAGGGGUUGGUCGAAGGUCAAGAGAUCGCUGUGAAGAGACUUUCAAAAAACUCUGGACAAGGAACUGAAGAAUUCAAAAACGAAGUAAAGUUAAUUGCAAGGCUUCAACACAGAAAUCUUGUUCGAUUGCUCGGUUGCUGCGUUGAUGUGGAUGAAAAGAUGCUGAUUUACGAAUACAUGGAAAAUAAAAGCCUCGAUUCUUUUUUAUUCGAUAAAGCGAAAAGGUAUUUGCUGGAUUGGCAAAAGCGUUUCAACAUUAUAUGUGGGAUUGCUCGAGGACUUCUUUAUCUUCAUCAGGAUUCGAGAUUCAGGAUCAUCCAUAGGGACCUCAAGGCUAGCAACAUUCUGCUUGAUGGAGAAUUGGACCCCAAGAUAUCGGACUUUGGAAUGGCAAGAAUAUUUGGUCAGGAUCAGACAGAAGCCAAUACAAAAAAAGUAGUGGGAACAUAUGGCUAUAUGUCUCCUGAAUACGCAAUGGAUGGCCUCUUCUCAAUCAAGUCAGAUGUAUUUAGUUUUGGUGUUCUAGUGUUGGAGAUUGUUAGUGGUCAAAAGAACAGAGGAUUUUAUUAUUCAAACAAUGAGCUAAACCUCCUAGGACAUGCUUGGGAGUUAUGGAAUGAAGGUCGUGCAUUGGAUAUAAUAGAUUCUUCGGUUGGUGCUUCAUUUUCGGAAUCUGAGGUGUUGAGAUGCAUGCAGGUUGGGCUUUUAUGCGUCCAAGAGCGUGCAGAAGAUAGGCCUACAAUGUCCUCUGUGGUUCUGAUGUUAAGUAGUGAAAAUGCACCACUACCGCAGCCUAAAAACCCCGGUUUUUGCCUAGGAAAGAAACCAGAAACAGAGUCAUCCUCAAGCAAGCAAGACGAGUCAUUCACUGUAAACCAAGUAACUAUCACAAUAUUAGAUCCUAGGUAGUGUAAGGUAUAAUCUUCAUCAUCUAGCAUAGCUUAUAUAUCUGUAUAUCACACAAAAGAUCACAAUUUUCUUGUGUAUAAACGGAUCAUCUACAAGGCAACAUAGAAGAGAAAUCCUUGUUUCACUGUA